AAAUUAUAUGGCUUGUAUUACACUGACAUGGUCUUCCCUUGAUCAACAUAAAAGUAGAAAAGUCUUGGCCGUGUAAAGUAGAAAAGUAUGAUAUGGUCUGCUAAGAAGGUAAUCUGAUCAUUUUUAGAACCCCUCUAUCUUUUUUUUCUUAGAAUAAGCUUCAGAGAAAACUCAAAGAGAAAACAAGUUUGGAGAGAAAGAAACAAAGAAGAUGAAGUUGCAGGAGUAUCUGUUCUUGGUGGCUAUGUUCUGCCUUUCUUGUACGCAACCCAUCAAGUGUCAAACCAAGCCAAAUUGCCCAAAAAAAUGUGGAAAUGUUACACUUGAGUUCCCUUUCGGCACAACUCCAGGUUGUUACCAUGAGGAAGAUCCCAGUUUCAACCUCACAUGUAACGAGAAAGGGCUAUUCUUUAAUGGCAGCUUUCGAGUUGUCAACAUUUCUCACAGCAGCCAGCUAAGCCUUAUGUUCCGUCCAUCCUACGCUUGCUACAACGAUCAGGGACUUCGACAAAAUGGCACUACCUACUUUACCGAUGGGAUUGGAAAUUUAACUCUCUCCGCCAACAACACCCUUUUUGCACUAGGUUGUGACACUUAUGCUUUUGUGUCAACUCGUGGAACUAGGAAAAACUCAUUCGGAUGCAUAUCGGUAUGCGAUGAUAAACCACUUGUAAAAAACAGAGAAUGUAAUGGUGAAGGUUGCUGCCAAAGCCCCGUUGCUGCAGGGAGUAAUUGGUACAUAGUCAGACCAUAUCGCUUUACCAACGGCACUUCUGCGCGUACCUAUAGCAGUCCUUGCGUCUAUGCCUUUGUCGUUGAAAAUGGGAAGUUUAAGUUUAGUGAUAAGGGAUUAGUAGAUGAUAAAGGAUUUGUAGAUUAUUCUUAUCUUCAGACUACGAGGUUACCUGUGGUAUUAGAUUGGUCUAUCGGAGGACAGACAUGCAGUCAAGAUGGAAACGGGAGCUUGUGCAGUGUAAACAGUACAUGUUCUAACUCUACUGUCAGAACAGGUUACGUCUGCAAAUGUGAACCAGGUUACUAUGGGAAUCCAUAUCUGAAAGACGGUUGUAAAGACAUCGAUGAGUGUACUAGUACUACCUAUGAACAUAACUGUACAGAAAACAGCAACUGUGAGAACACGAACGGAAGCUUCCUGUGUCCUUGCAAAACUGGUUACCACAAAGAUAACUCUGCUAUGAGCUGCCUUCUUACCGAGAUUAACGAGAAGCCUGACUCAGGUUCAGCAGACUAUGAAUGGGCUAAGAUUUUUCUUGGAACAACCAUCGGCUUCUUGUGCAUUCUGCUUGUGGUUACUUUUAUACAGCAGAGAAUGAAGCACAGGAAAAACGCCGAGCUCCGACAACACUUCUUUGAGCAAAACGGUGGCGGCAUGUUGAGACAGCGACUCUCAGGAGCAGGCCCAUCAAAUGUUGAUGUCAAGAUCUUUACUGAGGAAGGCAUGAAGGACGCAACUAGUGAUUAUGACGAUAGUAGAAUCUUGGGCCAGGGAGGCCAAGGAACAGUCUACAAAGGGAUACUGCCAGACAAUUCCAUAGUUGCUAUAAAGAAAGCUCGGCUUGGUGACAGCAGCCAAGUAGAGCAGUUCAUCAACGAAGUGCUUGUGCUUUCACAGAUCAACCAUAGGAACGUGGUCAAGCUCUUGGGCUGCUGUCUUGAGACUGAAAUUCCAUUGCUGGUCUAUGAGUUCAUUAACAGUGGCACCCUUUUCGAUCACUUGCACGGUUCCUUGUUUGAUUCUUCUCUUACAUGGGAACACCGCCUCAGGAUAGCAGUGGAGAUUGCUGGAACUCUUGCUUAUCUUCACUCCUCUGCUUCUAUUCCAAUCAUCCACCGAGAUGUCAAGACUGCUAAUAUCCUCCUUGAUGAAAACUUAACUGCAAAGGUAGCUGACUUUGGUGCUUCAAGGCUGAUACCAAUGGAUAAAGAGCAGCUCACAACUAUGGUGCAGGGCACUCUAGGUUAUCUAGACCCAGAAUACUACAACACAGGGUUGCUAAAUGAAAAGAGCGAUGUUUAUAGCUUUGGAGUAGUCCUCAUGGAACUUCUCACAGGCCAAAAGGCAUUGUGCUUUGAUAGGCCACAGUACUCAAAACAUCUGGUGAGUUACUUUACUUCUGCCACAAAAGAGAAAAGGUUGCACGAGGUUAUUGAUGGGCAAGUAAUGAACGAGAAGAACCAGAGGGAGAUCCAGGAAGCUGCAAGAGUUGCUGUUGAGUGUACAAGGGUGACUGGAGAGGAAAGGCCAAAGAUGAAGGAAGUAGCUGCUGAGCUUGAGGGCUUGAGAGCCACUAAAACCAAACAUCAGUGGUCGGAUAACUAUCCUGAGCCAGAGGAGAAUGAGCACUUGCUCGGUUUAGGGAUCUUAUCAGCACAAGGUGAAACCAGUAGCACUGGCUAUGACAGCAUCAAGAAUGUAGCAAUAUUGGACAUUGAAGCUGGCCGCUGAUUAGGCCACAUUCCCUUGAAACUGAUCAAGUUUCUUCUAUCUUCCUUUUCAUACUAAACAUUUGAAUCUUUGUGCUUGAUAGAUUCUUGAUCCUCAGGUCAUCAAUCAUUAUGUUUAUAACUCUUCAUUGGUAUUGUACACUACACUAUCAGAAUAAUACAUUUGAGCAAUGUCUUUAUGGGUAG